GGCUGCUUGAAAAGACAAAUUGAGUUGCCAGGCAAGACUUGCAAUGGUAUUACUAAAAGAAAUAUUUAUUUAUAUAUAUCCAUGUGGGAACGGAGGGAGAUGAUUUAGACCUUUUGGUUACAGAUGAAGAUGGAAAAUGUCAAAACAUCAUUGUAUGACAUAUGCAUCGAAAAUAUACAUCUCCAUAUUCACAAUAGCAACCAUCAUUCAAGAGGUUAUGGAAAUCAUCAGCCUCAAAAGCGUAAUAGCUCUACUUCUCUUGCUUUCUGUAAUUUGUUUUGGGUUUUGCACUGCCAUCGACACCAUGACCUCCACUCGAUUCAUCGAAGACCCUGAAACUCUAGUCUCUAAUGGAAGUGCCUUCAAACUGGGUUUCUUUAGCCUUGCCGAUUCAACCAACCGCUACGUUGGCAUCUGGUACAGCACCCCUUCUUUAUCUACUGUCAUAUGGGUGGCUAACAGGGACAAACCCCUCAAUGAUUCCUCUGGGAUUGUGACCAUAUCUGAAGAUGGUAAUCUUCUGGUUAUGAACGGCCAGAAAGAGAUUGUUUGGUCCUCAAAUGUUUCAAAUGCAGCAGCAAAUUCAAGUGCUCAGCUUUUAGAUUCUGGAAACCUUGUUCUGCGAGAUAACAGCGGAAGCAUCACAUGGGAGAGCAUCCAACAUCCUUCUGAUUCACUUUUGCCAAAGAUGAAAAUCAGCACUGAUACAAAUACUGGUGAGAAGGUAGUACUAACAUCAUGGAAAUCUCCCUCUGAUCCGUCUAUUGGAAGUCUCUCUGCAGGAAUAAACCCUCUAAGCAUUCCUCAACUAUUCAUCUGGAAUGGCAGUCAUCCAUAUUGGCGAAGUGGUCCAUGGGACGGACAGAUCUUUAUUGGAAUACCCGACAUGAAUUCAGUUUUCCAUAAUGGAUUUCAGGUGGUUGAUGAUAAAGAAGGUACUGUUUAUGCAACUUUUACUGUGGCAAAUUCGUCUAUCUUUUUAUAUUAUGUCUUGACUCCCCAAGGAACACUAGUGGAAACAUACAGGGAGUACGGGAAGGAGGAGUGGGAGGUUACUUGGAGGAGCAAUAAUAGUGAGUGUGAUGUUUAUGGUACAUGUGGGGCAUUUGGAAUCUGUAAUUCAGGGAAUUCACCAAUUUGCAGCUGUUUGAGAGGGUAUGAGCCAAAGUAUAUAGAGGAAUGGAGUAGAGGAAAUUGGACUAGUGGAUGUGUGAGGAAGACGCCACUACAAUGUGAAAGAACAAACAGCAGCGGUCAACAGGGCAAACUAGACGGAUUUUUUAGGCUAACAACAGUGAAAGUUCCAGACUUUGCGGAUUGGUCUCUGGCUCUCGAAGAUGAAUGCAGAGAGCAGUGCUUGAAGAAUUGUUCUUGCAUGGCUUAUUCAUAUUAUAGUGGCAUCGGUUGUAUGUCAUGGAGUGGAAACUUGAUUGAUUUGCAAAAAUUCACUCAAGGUGGGGCAGAUCUUUACAUUCGCCUUGCCAAUUCAGAACUAGAUAAGAAGAAAGAUAUGAAAGCAAUUAUUUCUGUUACAAUUGUAAUAGGAACAAUUGCCAUUGGCAUCUGCAUAUAUUUCUCAUGGAGGUGGAGACGCAAACAAACAAUGAAAGAUAAAAGCAAGGAGAUAUUACUAUCUGACCGAGGGGAUGCAUAUCAAAUUUAUGAUAUGAAUAGGCUUGGAGACAAUGCAAACCAGGUUAAACUUGAAGAGUUACCACUUCUCGCCCUUGAGAAGCUGGCAACUGCAACAAACAACUUUCAUGAGGCCAAUAAGCUUGGGCAGGGUGGUUUCGGUCCAGUAUACAGGGGAAAAUUGCCAGGAGGACAAGAAAUAGCAGUGAAAAGACUUUCAAGAGCAUCUGCACAGGGUCUAGAAGAAUUCAUGAAUGAGGUGAUGGUGAUUUCUAAAAUCCAACACCGGAAUCUUGUUAGACUUCUUGGCUGCUGCAUUGAAGGAGAUGAAAAGUUGUUGAUCUAUGAGUACAUGCCAAACAAAAGCUUGGAUGCCUUUCUCUUUGAUCCUCUCAAGUGAGAGUUUUUGGAUUGGAGAAAACGCUUCAGCAUUAUCGAAGGGAUUGGAAGAGGUCUCCUUUACCUUCACAGAGAUUCUAGAUUAAGAAUCAUUCAUCGAGACCUAAAGGCAAGUAACAUUUUGUUGGAUGAAGAUCUGAAUGCUAAGAUUUCAGACUUUGGUAUGGCAAGGAUAUUUGGAAGCAAUCAAGAUCAAGCCAAUACAAUGAGGGUCGUGGGAACGUAUGGUUAUAUGUCCCCUGAGUAUGCAAUGGGAGGACAAUUUUCAGAAAAAUCUGAUGUAUUCAGCUUUGGGGUGUUGUUAUUAGAGAUUGUAAGAGGGAGAAGGAACACUAGUUUUCAAUAUGAUGACCAGUACAUGAGCCUUUUGGGAUAUGCAUGGACACUCUGGUGCGAACACAACAUCAAAGAACUAAUAGAUGAAACCAUAGCAGAAGAAGGCUUUCAAGAGGAGAUAUCAAGAUGCAUACAUGUGGGACUGUUAUGUGUGCAAGAAUCAGCUAAAGACAGGCCAUCCAUUUCAACUGUUGUUUCUAUGCUCUCUAGUGAAAUUGCACAUCUUCCUCCCCCAAAGCAACCUCCAUUCUUGGAGAAGCAGACUGCGAUAGAUAUUGAGUCUUCUCAACUGAGACAAAACAAAUAUUCUUCAAACCAAGUAACAGUUACAGUCAUUCAGGGCCGAACGGAGUCCAUUUUCACAGAAACAAGAAGCAUUGGAGCAGCUAUGGGGAUCAACAGUGGCACUACUGUAAGAGUUCUAUUGCUCUUAUUUUAUUGUUUUUGGUUUGAGUUUUGCGUUUAUGCCAUAGACACCUUUACAUCCACACACUUCAUCAAGAAUUCUGAAACUAUAGUCUCUAAUGGAAGUCUCUUCAAACUGGGUUUCUUUAGCCCUAGUAAUUCUACCAAACGCUAUGUCGGAAUCUGGUACGGCAAGACUUCUGUAUCCUCUGUGGUAUGGGUUGCUAACAGGGACAAGCCCCUUAAUGAUACUUCUGGAAUUGUGAAGAUAUCUGAAGAUGGUAAUCUUCAAAUUUUGAAUGGCGAGAAAGAGGUUAUCUGGUCAUCAAAUGUUUCAAAUGCUGUAUCAAACACAACCGCGCAGCUUUUAGACUCUGGAAACCUAGUUUUGAAAGACGACAGCAGUGGAAGGAUCAUAUGGGAGAGUUUCCAGCAUCCUUCUCAUGCACUUUCGGCAAAUAUGAAACUCAGCACCAACAUGUACACUGCUGAGAAACGAGUGCUGACAUCAUGGAAAAAGGCUUCGGAUCCAUCCAUUGGAAGCUUCUCUGUAGGAGUUGAUCCAUCAAAUAUCGCUCAAACUUUCAUUUGGAAUGGCAGUCAUCCAUAUUAUCGCACUGGUCCAUGGAAUGGCCAGAUCUUUAUUGGAGUAGCCAACAUGAAUUCAUUUGUUGGUAAUGGGUUUCGGAUGGACCAUGAUGAAGAAGGUACCGUUUCUGUAUCUUAAACUACUAAUGAUUUUUUAUCAUUGUACUUUACCUUGACUCCUGAAGGAACAAUGGAGGAAAUAUAUAGACAGAAGGAAGAUUGGGAGGUCAGAUGGGAAAGCAAGCAAACUGAGUGUGAUGUUUAUGGUAAGUGUGGGGUAUUUGGAAUCUGUAAUCCAAAGAAUUCACCAAUUUGUAGCUGUUUGCGAGGGUAUGAGCCAAAGUCUGUAGAGGAAUGGAAUAGAGGAAAUUGGACUAGUGGGUGUGUGAGGAAGACUCCAUUGCAAUGUGAGAGAACAAAUGGUAGCAUUGAAGUGGGAAAAAUGGAUGGAUUUUUUAGGGUAACAAUGGUGAAAGUAACAGAUUUUGUAGAAUGGUUCCCUGCUCUUAAAAAUCAAUGCAGAGAUCUGUGCUUGAAGAAUUGUUCCUGUAUAGCUUAUUCCUAUAGUAAUGGAAUUGGUUGUAUGUCAUGGAGUCGUGACUUACUCGAUAUGCAAAAGUUCUCUAGCAGUGGAGCAGAUCUUUACAUUCGUGUUGCAGACACGGAACUAGAUGAAAAGAGAAAUGUGAAAGUAAUUGUUUCAGUUAUAGUGAUUAUAGGAACAAUUACUAUCAUCUGCAUAUAUUUAUCAUGCAGGUGUUGGAUGACCAAACAAAGAGCAAGAGUAAGAAGGGAGAAAAUCCUGGAAGUGCCACUUUUUGAAAGAGGGAAUGUACAUCCAAAUUUUUCUGAUGCCAAUAUGCUUGGAAACAAUGUGAACCAAGUUAAACUUGAAGAGCAACAGCUUAUCAAUUUUGAGAAGCUGGUGACAGCAACAAAUAACUUUCAUGAGGCCAAUAAGCUGGGGCAGGGUGGUUUUGGUUCAGUGUACAGGGGAAAAUUGCCAGAAGGACAAGAAAUAGCAGUGAAGAGGCUAUCAAGAGCAUCUGCCCAGGGGCUUGAAGAAUUUCUGAAUGAGGUUAUGGUGAUUUCUAAUGUCCAACACCGAAACCUUGUUAGACUUCUUGGCUGCUGCACUGAAGGAGAUGAAAAGAUGUUGGUCUAUGAGUACCUGCCAAAUAAAAGCUUGGAUGCCUUUCUCUUUGAUCCUGUCAAGCGAGAUUCUCUAACUUGGAGGAGACGCUUCAGCAUUAUUGAAGGGAUUGCCCGAGGCCUCCUUUACCUUCACAGGGAUUCUAGAUUCAGAAUUAUUCAUCGGGACCUUAAGGCAAGUAACAUUUUAUUGGAUGAAGACAUGAAUCCUAAAAUUUCAGAUUUUGGUAUGGCCAGGAUAUUUCAAGCCAAACAGGAUAAAGCCAACACUGUCAGGAUUGCUGGAACAUAUGGCUAUAUGUCUCCGGAGUAUGCAAUGGAAGGGAUUUUUUCAGAGAAGUCCGAUGUAUUCAGCUUUGGAGUAUUAUUAUUAGAGAUUAUAAGCGGGAUAAAAAGCGCAGGCUUUUGUCAUGAUGAGCAGUCUUUGAGCCUUUUAGGAUAUGCAUGGAAACUAUGGAAUGGAGACAUCAUGGAAGCAUUUAUAGACGGGAGAAUAUCAGAAGAAUGCUACCAAGAGGAGAUAUUGAGAUGCAUACAUGUGGGGUUGUUAUGUGUGCAAGAAUUAGCAAAAGAUCGGCCAUCUAUUUCAAUUGUUGUUUCUAUGCUCUGUAGUGAAAUUGCUCAUCUUCCUUCCCCAAAGCCACCUGCAUAUAGUGAGAGGCAGAUUACAAUAGAUACAGAGUCCUCCAGGAGACAAAACUUAUGUUCAGUGAACCAAGUAACUGUUACAAACGUCCAUGGCCGGUAAAAAUUAGGUUAGAGAAAAUUAAAUCUUUAUUUGUAAUAUAUAUUUUGAUGAUUUCUGUGGGGAGGACUCUGCCCAUCCUCGUUUCAAGGAGCCCAUGAAGCUAUAGUUGCACGAAACAAUCAGUUUUGUUGAUUUUGAUACUUCAUUUCUCAAGAAAAAUCUAGACACCUUGAAAUAAAAACAUGCAGAUCAGAUAAA